UCCUCACUGCUCGCUCUCUGAUUGGUCAGUCGUUUUGCUUAAAUUAGACAUAAUAUCGGAUUACAUAUAGGCUUCGGAUCACACUGAGGACUACAGACAUAACUUCUACCAUUACUAUAGAGUGCACAAUGAGCAAAGUCACAAACGGCCACAGUGAUGUAGACGAUGCUGAACUGGACCGUUCAGUAGGAGAGCAGUUCCUCUCUGAAGCUCUCAAAGUGAUCCUGGAAGAGGCGGUUCAUAAAGCUACGGAUGUGAAAGAAAAGGUGUGUGAGUGGAAGGAUCCUGAUCAGCUAAGGGACCUUUUGGACUUGGAGCUGAGAGACCAUGGGGAAUCUCAUGAAAAGUUGCUGCAGAGAGUACAUGAUGUUGCCAAAUAUAGUGUGAAAACCAAUCAUCCUCGCUUCUUCAAUCAGCUGUUCGCCGGAGUGGACUAUCAUGCCUUGACUGGACGCCUCCUCACAGAGACACUCAACACCAGUCAGUACACCUACGAGGUGGCUCCGGUCUUUGUCCUGAUGGAGGAUGUGAUUCUCCGCAGUCUGCGCUCCUUAGUGGGCUGGUCCAAGGGGGACGGCAUAUUCUGCCCAGGAGGCUCUAUGUCUAACAUGUACGCCAUGAAUUUAGCUAGAUAUUGGGCGUUUCCGCAGGUGAAGACACAAGGCUUGUGGUCUGUCCCACGUCUGGCUGUGUUUACAUCACAAGAGGGUCACUAUUCAAUGAAAAAGUCGGCUGCCUUCCUCGGUAUCGGCACAGACAAUGUCUACCACGUGAAAGUUGACGAAAGUGGCAGAAUGAUCCCAGAAGACCUUGAAGCUAAAAUUGUUCAUGCCAAAGCACAAGGCGCUUACCCGUUCUUCGUCAAUGCUACAGCUGGCUCCACAGUACAAGGAGCCUUCGACCCCCUGGAGCGCAUUGCUGACAUCAGCGAGAAGAACGGCAUGUGGAUGCACGUCGAUGCUGCUUGGGGAGGAAGUGUGCUUUUUUCAAAGAAGCACAAACAUCUAUUAACAGGAAUUGAAAGGGCAAACUCUCUAACCUGGAAUCCACAUAAAAUGCUGAUGACUGGUCUUCAGUGCUCUGUUGUUUUGCUGAGAGACACAACGAACCUGCUGAUGCGCUGCCACUGUGCCAACGCCACCUACUUAUUCCAGCAGGACAAGUUCUAUGACACGGGUCUGGAUACCGGGGAUAAAUCCAUCCAGUGUGGACGCAAAAUCGAUUGUCUGAAACUGUGGCUCAUGUGGAAGGCAGUUGGUUCGCAGGGCCUGGCUGACCGUGUCAACAAGGCUUUCGCCAAUACAAGAUAUUUUGUUGAGGAGAUGAAGAAAAGGACGGGUUUUCAGCUGGUCUCUGAGCCGCAGUUUGUAAACGUGUGUUUCUGGUUUGUGCCGCCCAGUCUGAGAGGGAAGGAGAAUGACUCAGAUUAUCAGGACAAAUUAGCAAAGGUGGCACCACUCCUCAAGGAACGCAUGGUAAAACAUGGCUCGAUGAUGGUGGGUUAUCAGCCCCUGGAUGGACGAGUCAAUUUUUUCCGCAUGGUCAUCCUUUCUCCUCAGCUGCGACACAGCGACUUAGACUUCUUUCUGGACGAGAUUGAGAGGCUGGGGAAAGAUCUGUAGAUGAGCUCUGGGUGCUGUUCAUCAUUCGUUCUUUAGUUAUUGUCCAUCAUUGUUCUUUCCAAAGGCACGCUUUAAGGUUGCUCUUUAUCACCUUUUGAUUUUCUCAGACAAGCAGUGAGUUUCAUAAAUCAGUUUGUAAUUUAGCUGGAACAGGACUGGCACUUUGCUGAUAAGAUUGGGGACCGCUGACUUGGAACAGCUGAACGAAUCAAAUGUUUCAGAGAAACAUUUACUGGUGUUUCUUUUAUUCAUCGCUUCCUAUUCAAUUCCCUUUCAUUCUUCUUCUCCGGCGGUAGACUUUGUUUUCUUCCAGACUUUCAAUUUUCUUCCAAUUUUUGACUCGAAGCAGAGCAGAGUCUCUUCUUACUUUCUUUCUUUCUUUCUUUUUUCUUUUCCAAUUAACUUAAUCUGUCUAUCACUACAAUUUCACUGCAACUCUUUUUUGCUCUUGUCAACAUAAUGAAAAAUUGUUCAAAUGUAGCAUUAGGUCAAUUUUAUAACUUGUAUUUUUUUAAUGAAUGAAAAGCAUAGCUUUGCGUACAGUACAUAGAACUCACAUGAGCUAGAUCAGCUAAAUAAACUGUUUCUAGGGUACCGCUGUGGUGCACUUUAUCGAUAUAAGAUAAUUGAUGAAAAGAGAACAAGAGCUGAAAACAACAUAUAGUAAUUGUUCAUCUAUAUGGUAGUUGUACCUGAUAAAUGUAGGUAAAACUGGCUAUGAUAAAAAUAGAUGUAUAGUAAUAGAAUGAAUCAAUUUAUGAGGCUUCAGCAGAAAUGAGCUCCGUUUGAAUAAAUUCUCGACUGGUAUUAGUCAGAAUGUAAACCCAUUGAAAUGAAUUGAUUAUAACUUUUUUGUACGCAUCAAUUUUUUGAUACAUAACUAUAUUUGCAUAUUCUGAAUUUUCUUCUUUUUUAACUUAAAGAAAAAAAAAUCCACCCUAAACAAUUAACAUAUAUUUAAUGUAUAUGUUAAUUAUAUGCAAGUCAAUGAUGCUCAUCAUCAUAGAUUGCUAAAUAGCUAAGCCAAGUUUCUGCCAUAAUGCCAGGUGCAGCCAUGUACGCAGUAGUAGAUUCUAUGCGUAUAUGGAACUUCUCAUUACUGUGACACUGAACAUCACUUAAAAUGAUGAAAGAGAGAAAUCUUUUUAAUUUCUCUAUUAAACAAUAUUGUAACUGUCUAAGCAAUGUGUCAUAGUGCUGCAACUUCUGACAUGAAUAAUCCAAACAUUUAACACCAGAAUCAUUAAGCACAACAUAAGAUAUUUAUAAAAUCAUUUAAUGGGUUUCAGGGUGGAUUUUUCCUCUAACUUGGACUG